GUGACGGAGUAUGUCCUCGGUUGCUGGUGGAGGAGAGUGUACUCUGUUGGACACACACUGAAAGUAGAUUGUUCGAAGCAAAUAUCAAAGUAUACACAGUGAACGGCAGCCAAGGAGAAGACUGUCUCCGUAUUUUAAGAACAACUUGUUAACGUGAGAAAAACUGUUGAUUCCCACCAUGGCUCGGCAGAAAUGGUUCAUGUCAUUAGUAAUGGUUCUCUCAGUACUAGGAGUAAUCGGCGUCAUUGUCAUGAAGUCGUCCCUUCUUCAGCAAAGCAUCCAUAGAAUACCAGACAGAGAGGAAGGUUUGGAGAUUCACGUCACCGUGCAGGCAGCUGAGAAGUUCCGCAAACAGAGAAAUGAGCUGUCUAAAACACUUAACAAGGUCAAACAAGAAAUCGCAGCCAUGAGCUGUGAAAUGAUAGACUUGUAUGCAAAACUUAACAGGACGCUGCUGCCCUCGGUGUCUACGGCGGGUGGGUGGUGCAGACAGACAAGUAGAUCAGAAGGCGGGUCACAUAUAUGUGAUAAAAGUCUAGCAGAGCAACUGUCAAUAUUCUUUCAAAACCAAACGGUGGCAAGUUUCGGGGAUGGCCCAGGCGACUACAAGAAAUACCUAGACUCCACACGUCGACUUCUUAUCUACGAUGCUUUCGAUGGCGCCCCCUAUGGACCGGAAACGAGUGGUGGGGUGGUCCGGUUUUUAGAUCUGACGGCGCCGCAGUACGGACUUCCGAUAUAUGACUGGAUCAUAAGCCUUGAGGUGGCGGAACAUAUUCCAUCUCAGUAUGAAGAGAUAUACGUUGACAAUAUCGCGAGGCACGCAAAGAUAGGUAUUGUUUUGAGCUGGGCAGUGCCUGGUCAAGGCGGCCUCUCGCACGUUAACAACAGACCCUUGUCAUAUGUACAGAGUGUUCUGUCAGGCAAGGGGUUUGAACCUGAUGUGGCCGCUAGUAACGUUCUCCAAAAACAGGCAACUCUACCAUGGCUCAAGACAAAUAUUUAUGUUUACAGAAGACGAUAUAAUAGUGAAGCUCACCAAGAUGAGGCAUAAAUUAAGCUGUGAUUGUUGCCAGUGGGACAGGUUAGAAGAGGUGAAGCUUCACACUCGCAAUAACAAGUGACAUUAAAUCAAAACUGAUGUAAAAAAAUUAACAAGCUCUAGUGCAUUUGUCUGCGGUGGUACGACUCGGGUAUGAUAUCAUUCGUCACAACGAUUAAGUCUUACUUUAACAAUGUAUAACGCCACUUUGAACAGUAUUCCAGUUAUAGCACUGCGUUUAUAGUGUGUUCACUGACGGACGUGUUCAGCGGGCAGUAUAUUCGUCAUGACUUUAAAGGGGCUCUCACACUUUGCCGAGUUGCGUCCCGAGUAUGAACCCGAGCUGACUCGGGGGUACUCGUAUGGAGCUCGUAGCGAGGUCGUACUAAACUCGGGGUAACUCGGGAUACAUCAUACUGAUCUACGAGAGUUCUGGAACUGCUCAAAACAGUCGGGCCUCCAGCCAACUCCUAACAUUUUGUUUGUUUGUUUGUUGUUUAACGCCGCACUCAGCAAUAUUCAAGCUAUAUGACGGCGGUCUGUAAAUAAUCCAGUCUGGACCAGACAACUCCUAACAAAUUCUUAACAAACUUGUAACCUACUCGUCCUACUCGUAUUACCGUGGCGAACUCGUGGUGCUCGUACAGAACUCGUCUGCAAAAUUUACUGCCGAGUUGACCGAGUCUAAUACGAGCUAUACGAGCCUGUAUGUUAAAUCAUGUGACAAAUUCCCGUCGAAUUAUUUAGCAGCUCGUAGCCACCUCGUACCAAAGUCGUACCAAACUCGUACAGCUCGUAUCGAGAUCGUUGUGUUCGUAUGCAACUCUUAAUAGACUCCAAUUAGACUCCUAUUGGACUCCUAUUGGACUCCUAUGGGGCUCGUAACAUACUCGUAUAUAUGUCUCUUCCUGAGUCCUAACCGAGUUAAGCUCGGUAGAGCUCGGCAACCACCUUGGCAAAGUGUGAGAGCUGCUUAAUUCAACAUGUUGACGACCUUAAUUAUUAGGUAUGUACACAGAGUUAUGCAUGUAUUUGAAUUCCUCUAUGGGAAUGACCACAAAAGAAGUAAUAUCGAAGACCAGCAGAGAACUACUGUGUGAUCAAGAACUGUACAUAUGGUGACCUUAGAUAUAUGAUCAGAGUUAAUCCAAAGGGUCUCUGCCAAAACUCGUCCUGUGUUUGUGCCAGUUUGUGUGUUGUUAAAGUGAUGACACAUAAACCGCCAUGUUUGAUCAGUCAGUGUGUUUGAAGUGAUCACACAUUUUCUGUCAUGGAUUUUGUACCGGUGUAUGUUUGGAGUGAUGAAACAUAUACUGUAAGAUUCGGAUCCGACCGUAAAUAUUUGAAAUGAUGAAACAUUUACUGUCAUGGAUUAUUCGCCCGUGAGUGUUUAAAGUGAUGAAAUAUAAUAUACCGUCACCUGUGAUCACACCGUAUAUGUUUGAAAUGAUGAAACAUUUACUGUCAUAGAUUAUUUGCCCGUGUGUGUUUGAAGUGAUGAAACACGUACUGUCACGGAUUAUGCUGAAGAAAAUGCAACCAUCGACACUGUCCCAAUACAAGAAGCCAUCGGCAAUAUCCCUGUCAAGAAGGUGAAGAGGAAGUUUGUUCGUCUUCAAAAUCAUUUGAAGAAUCAAUGUCUGGACAUCGCUGAAGGUCAUAAAUCUGUUGUCCAAUCUCCAUAAGCAACUUUGGACUUUAAACUAAAUACUGUGAUUGCUAUAUACGGUGCUAUGUCAA